UCUAUUAACUACAGAUUUAAAAUAUGAAAUUAAAAACAGGUUUUUUUAUUCCAGGAAAAUGGCCACAUGUCAAGGAGGGCUGCUGAGAUCAGACUGAACAAUCAAACAUGAGGAGCAGAAGUAAUUCAGGAGUGCGUCUGGAUGCUUAUGCUCGCCUUGUCCAGGAGACCAUCCUGUGUUACCAGAAUCCAGUGACAGGUCUACUCCCUGCCAGUGCACAGAAAAAGGAUGCCUGGGUUAGAGACAACGUUUACAGCAUCCUUGCAGUAUGGGGCUUGGGUAUGGCCUAUCGCAAGAACGCAGACCGUGAUGAGGACAAAGCCAAGGCCUACGAGCUUGAGCAGAGUGUGGUCAAGCUGAUGCAAGGUCUACUCCAGUGUAUGAUGAGACAGGUGGAGAAAGUGGAGAAGUUUAAACACACACAGAGCACAAAGGACUGCCUGCAUGCCAAGUACCAAACAUCCACCUGUGCCACUGUGGUAGGGGAUGACAAGUGGGGGCACCUGCAGGUAGACGCCACGUCACUGUAUUUGCUUAUGCUGGCGCAGAUGACUGCAUCAGGUUUGCGGAUCAUAUCUAACCUGGAUGAAGUGGCGUUUAUUCAGAACCUGGUGUUCUACAUUGAGGCUGCUUAUAAAGUCGCUGAUUAUGGGAUGUGGGAAAGAGGAGACAAGACCAACCAGGGAAUUCCUGAACUAAAUGGGAGCUCUGUUGGAAUGGCAAAGGCUGCCCUGGAGGCCAUUGAUGAACUUGACCUAUUUGGAGCUCAUGGUGGCCCCAGAUCAGUGAUUCAUGUUCUGCCAGAUGAAGUGGAACAUUGCCAGUCCAUCCUGUGCUCCAUGCUGCCUAGAGCCUCGACGUCUAAAGAGAUUGACGCCGGUCUACUGUCAGUUAUCUCCUUCCCUGCGUUUGCGGUGGAGGAUGCAGAUCUGGUCAACAUCACCAAAAGUGAGAUAAUCUCCAAGCUGCAGGGACGUUACGGGUGCUGCCGAUUUAUUAGAGAUGGAUACAGAACCCCAAAAGAGGACCCAUCUCGGCUACAUUAUGACCCAGCAGAAUUGAAGCUGUUUGAGAAUAUUGAAUGUGAAUGGCCAGUCUUUUGGACUUACCUCAUUAUUGAUGGUGUUUUUAAUGGGGACCAUGUACAGGUUCAGGAAUACAGGGAGGCUCUGGAAGGCAUCGUGAUCCGAGGCAAGCAUGGCAUCCGUCUGAUACCUGAACUGUACGCUGUACCAGCCAGCAAGGUUGAGGAAGAGUAUAGGAACCCUCACAGUGUGGACCGAGUAGCUGAAGGCCAGCUACCUCAUUUAUGGGGACAGUCACUUUACAUCCUGAGCAGUUUGUUAGCAGAGGGAUUUCUGGCUCCGGGAGAGAUAGACCCUCUAAACCGAAGAUUUUCCACUGGCUUCAAGCCAGAUGUUGUAGUUCAAGUGAGUGUAUUGGCUGAGACAGAGGAGAUCCAGGCACUGCUGAGGGAUCAUGGGAUUGAUGUUCAGACCAUCUCCGAAGUACUGCCCAUUCGAAUACUGCCGGCUCGUAUUCUGAGCCACAUCUAUUCCAAGCUUGGAAGUUUUAAGAAGAUGAAUCUGACUGGACGGCCAUACCGGCACAUUGGUGUUCUAGGAACUUCUAAGUUCUAUGAGAUCAGAAAUCGUACCUACACUUUCACACCACAGUUUAUUGACCAGCAUCAUUUCUACCUGGCCCUGGAUACUCUGAUGAUCGUGGAGAUGCUAAGGACAGAGCUGGCUUACCUCUCUUCCUGUUGGCGGAUGACUGGAAGACCCACACUUACCUUUCCAAUCACAAAGAGCAUGCUGGUGGAAGAUGGUGAAAGCAUCGACCCCUGUAUUGUGUCCACGCUGAGAAAGCUGCAGGAUGGCUAUUUAGCCGGCGCGAGAGUGCAGAUGGCGACGCUUCCCACUUUCAUUACAACAUCUUUUCAUACCAAACUCAGCUUCAUGGACGCUGACUCAGAGGAGAAUCUAGAAGAGGAGGAGGAUGAUGAUGAUUAUGAAAAUGAUGAAGAUACAGAGCAAAGUUUUUCCCCGACUGGCGCCAUUGAUCUGCCAGUAGAGGUCGGGGAGAACAUGCAAACUUCGCAAAGAAAGGACCCGGACCGCCCCGCUUGGGGAUCGAACCCAGGACCUUCUUGCUAUUCCAGAGAUGUGCUCGACCAGUACUUUGAACACCUCCUGGAGAGUACGGCAACAACGUCACACCUCCCUCCCAUCCAGAAAGGGCAGCAUCAUGUCUUCAGUGCUGAACAUACCACCAGAGACAUUCUGACCCUCAUGGCUCAGGUUCAGGGUCUCAACAUGCCCAAGUCGUCUAUGUAUUUACCUGUAACUCCCAUCAUGAACAAACACAGGAAGAGUCUGAACCUGCUGGUCGUUCCACACCCUCAACACCCUCCUCACCAUUACAAGGCUUCAUCUGCUGACCUGCAUCUUCCCCGGGAUUCUCAAGGCAACACUGACUUUGGUGCUCUGGUAAAUCACCUGAAGGAAUGCCCAACGUUACAGGACCAAGCGGAUAUUCUCUACAUUCUCCAUGCUAUGAAAGGUGCGGAGUGGAUGGUGAACAUAUCGGGGCAGAAGGUUGCCACAGUGCGCACUCUGCUGGAGGAGCUCUACGUUAAAGCUGGGGAGAGUAAAGAAUGGGGACUGAUUCGCUACAUCUCUGGCAUUCUGAAGAAGAGGGUGGAGGUCUUGGCAGAGGCCUGCACUGAUCUGAUUUCACAUCAUAAGCAGCUGACAGUUGGUCUUCCUCCAGAGCCGAGAGAGAAAGUCAUCGCUGUUCCUCUUCCACCCGAAGAACUAAAUAAUUUGAUCUACGAGGCCAGUGGGCAGGAUAUAAGCAUUGCAGUACUUACCCAGGAAAUAAUGGUGUUCCUUGCCAUGUACGUGCGCUCCCAGCCAAGUCUUUUUGGGGACAUGUUGCGACUGAGAAUAGGUCUCAUAAUACAGGUGAUGGCCACUGAGCUCGCCCGUAGUCUUCAGUGCUCAGGCGAAGAGGCAUCAGAAGCUUUGAUGAACCUGAGUCCAUCUGACAUGAAGAACCUGUUGCAUCACAUCCUGAGUGGAAAAGAGUUUGGAGUUGAGAGAAGCGUGCGUCCCACUGAGUCCUUUGGCACCAGUCCGUCCAUUUCCAUCCAUGAGCUCGGACACGUAGGUGCCACCAAGACGGAGCGCACGGGCAUCAGGAAACUGAAGACUGAAAUCAAACAGAUCCUCCCUGGCAGUCAUUCCACUGGCAGCACAGUCGCAUCCCCAACGAGGUGCAGCAGUCCAUCCACCCCGAGUGGGAUCAUGUCUCCCACAGGUGUAGAAGACUCGCGCCUCCAGUGGGAAGAGAGACAAGGCCAGUGGCUGAGGAGACGCAGACUGGACGGUGCAAUUAAUCGCGUACCGAUGGGCUUCUACCAGAAGGUGUGGAAUAUCUUGCAGAAGUGCCACGGCCUCUCCAUCGCAGGAUACGUCCUUCCUGCCUCCACCACACGAGAAAUGACCGAGGGGGAAAUCAAGUUUGCUGUGCAUGUUGAAUCUGUCCUGAAUCGUGUUCCACAGCCUGAGUACAGGCAGCUGCUGGUGGAGGCCAUCAUGGUGCUCACCCUGGUGGCUGAUUUAGAGAUUCCCAGUAUCGGUGGCAUCCUUCUUAUCGACCGCAUUGUUCAAAUGGCGAACGAGCUCUUCCUACAGGACCAGAAAUCUAGUGGGGCCAAUGAGUUUUUCCAGGAGAGAGAUCCAGCCACUGGAAUCUGCAACUUCUUCUAUGACAGCGCCCCCAGUGGCAGCUACGGUACUCUGACCUACUUGUCCAAAGCUGUGACCGCCUACGUUCAGGACUUUCUCCCCAACACCAGCUGUCUCAUGCAGUAAGGGAAGCAGCUCAGUAAGAAUAAUGACUUCAGGAAUGACCUGGGAUCAGUUUCUGUAAUAAACCAGUAGAAAUGAGGCAGCUUGAGUGAAAAAUGUUCCUAAUAAACAGACCAAUGAGUUUACUAAUGGGAUUAGUAAACUGUAUUUACUAAUCGUUUGAAUUAGCAUGUAGAAAAAUAUAAUGAGUGUUUAUUUUAAAUGUCUUGGCUAAAUGUAGCCAUUACUUUUAUGUUGAAUAUUUAUUAAUGUAAGAAAUUCUAAUAUAUUACUUGACAGUAAAAUGUCUAACCUGGUUUGUUAGCGUAAGUAGUCUGUUCUGUACAGGACGCUUUAAGAUUAUUAACUCACUUAUGUCACUGUUUAGCACUUAUACAUGUGCAACUACACACUGAAUAACUUAUAUAGCUAUCGCAUGCUACAGCAUGUACCGACCGUAUCAUGACUUUAUUCCAGUCUGUAAGCUUUACAGCAGCUACACCAAUAAAAAUGGAACCAACAUUAUCUAACCAUCUUCUACCUGUUAUGUACUGUACUGUAUUUAGGGCACGUUUACACAGAUAUGUUACACCAAAAUGAUUGUAGAAUGUAUGAACAUGUACUGUACUUCACUAUUUUGCAGUGUUUUAUGAAUUUUAAGACCUCUGUUAAGCGGAACAAAAAAAAAACCUCUGAAGAGGUUUGACUGAAGAGCGACGUGUCUUGUUUUCCUUUGAAACAGCGUGUUUUAUAUACACUCAGUGUAUGAGGUAAUAAAAGUUUGGGGUUUGCUGUUU